AAAUGCUCCAAAUAUAGCUUCCUCCUUUUGGAUCCAUGUGUUGGCCAACAAUAACAACGCAACGAGUAAAAUUAGUGCUCAAUUUUUUUCUCCGUUUAGAUUUGAAAAUUACUUAUUAAUAGUGUUAUAAAUACUAACUUUACAAUGUCAAAAACAAAGAAAAGAACGAAAGUUGUGAGAGACCGGCCUUUGAGCAAGGCAUCUCAUAGUUUAAAUCCUGAUAGGGAAAGGACAAAUCCAAACAUGAGAGACAAAAGCACAAUCAAUCGUUUGAGAAUGUAUAAAAAUUUUAAACCUAAAAGAAAUAAAAUAGGCAAAAUUAUCAGAGAGGCUCCUUUUCAAGAAAGAUUAACUCCUGGAUCAGUGGCAAGAAUAGCUCCAAAUCAAAAAUGGUUUGGAAAUACAAAGGUUAUUGGGCAAAAUGCACUUCAGCGUUUUCAAGAUGAGUUAGGGAAGGCUUUAAAAGAUCCAUAUCAAGUAGUAAUGCGUCAAACAAAGCUUCCUAUCACGUUGCUUAAUGAAACAGCUAAAAAUAAAAGGUUUCACAUUUUAGACACUGAAGGUUAUGAAGUCACAUUUGGUCCUAAAGCAUUGAGAAAAAAACCUUUAUUAAAAACUUGUAACUUGGAAGAAUUUGUUAAUGCAGCCCAAGAGUCAACUGAAAAGUAUGAUUCAACCAAAGAUGGAAGCAUCAUAACAGGAGAAGAGAAAGUUGUAAAAGAAGCAAGGGAAAUGAUUAUGUUUAAAGGCCAAUCUAAGCGCUUAUGGAAUGAGCUCUAUAAAGUAAUAGAUUCUUCUGAUGUCGUAAUCCAAGUAUUAGAUGCCAGAGAUCCUAUGGGUACAAGAUCUAAACAUAUAGAAAAUUUUUUGAGAAAAGAAAAACCGCAUAAGCAUCUCAUCUUUGUUUUAAAUAAAUGUGAUCUAGUGCCUACCUGGGUUGCUCAACGUUGGGUAACAAUUUUGUCAGCUGAAUGCCCAACAAUGGUGUUUCAUGCCAGUCUAACAAACCCUUUUGGAAAAGGAGCCCUUAUCAAUAUAUUAAGGCAAUUUGGCAAGCUCCAUGAAGAUAAGAAACAGAUCAGUGUAGGCUUCAUUGGUUAUCCUAAUGUUGGUAAAAGUUCAAUAAUCAAUACUUUACGUUCUAAAAAAGUCUGUAAAGUGGCACCCAUUGCUGGGGAAACUAAGGUUUGGCAGUACAUAACUCUGAUGAGAAGAAUCUACCUUAUUGAUUGUCCCGGUGUUGUUUAUCCAACUGGAGACACAGAUACUGAAAUUGUUUUAAAAGGAGUCGUAAGAAUUGAAAAUAUUCAAGACCCAGAAGAUCAUGUUCCAGAACUUCUGGAUCGUGUUAAAAAGGAAUAUAUCAUAAAAACUUACAAAGUACUGCAGUGGAGUGAUCCAAUAGAUUUCCUUGAACAAUAUGCUCGCAAGUGUGGAAAACUACGAAAGGGAGGAGAACCAGAUGUGACUGCAGUUGCGAAAAUGGUGUUGAAUGACUUUCAACGAGGGAAACUUCCUUACUUUGUCAAACCACCGGCAGAAGAAAUUAAAAAAGAAGAAACUGAAAUAACACAACAAUCAGAAAAAAUGGAGUCUAAUCCUGAGAAUGAAGAAAAAGCAAAUGAAGAGGAUAGAGAGGAGGAGGAGGAUGAAGUAGAUGAAACUGAGAUUGAAGAUUUACGUGAUUUAAAAAAGACUUUUGAAUUUGAUGAAGAAGAUUUAAUACCAGAUACGAAUGAAACAACUGAAAAAGCAGAAUCUAUGACUGUUAGCUUUGAAGAGGAGAUGGCUAGCAAGGUAUCAUCAUCAGAUAAAGAUGAAAAAAAGAAACCAAAUAAGAGGAGAAAAGGAAGGAAAAGAAAACAAGCUGAUGAUAAUUGUGAUGAUAUUCCAAAAAUGAAGUUGAGCGCUAAACAAAAAAGAAAACUCAUGCGAAGUCAAAAAGUGAAGAAAAUUGGUGUCCACUUCUAUGAUACUGCAAAUGUAAAGAAUCGUAACAGAAAAUGAAUUGAAAUAUAAAUAUAUAAUUUUUUUUAUUGAAAUGA